AUGUACAAAUUUACUCCUAUCAAUGACGGCAUGGAUUGUGAUACUAAGGAGAUAUAUGAGGUCAAGCAAGAUCGAUACGGCAAUACCACUUGGUCUGCAAAGUAUCCUGAUGAUGUGGAAGAUGCUGCUGAGAAUAAGGAGACCGCCCGUUAUGCUAUUCUUACAAUUUUCCAACCAGGUUGCAUAUUAUACAAGCAAAUAUGGGGUCGUGAUUCUGCUGUAAAGUUUGCUUAUGACGUUCCUAUCAACGAUGAGAAGAAAGGACACCUCUAUCGAGUAUACUGCCAGAUGGUGAAUUUGGAUGGUGAAAAGUUUGGCUUUGACUUGGUUCAUUGCGAUAUUUCAGAGUUUGCUGAGCUUUUCAAACGUGGAAAGCUAUUUGAACAAUAUCGUGGUUAUAAUUUUAGAUAUUAUAAGUCUUUUGCCAUUGGUGAAGAUCCUGGAUUUGGCUGCCCUACCAAAGUAACUGUUGAUAGUCGUAUCAACAUUGAUACCCGUGCAUAUGGCAAAUUCAAUCCCAACAAAGUUUCGUCCCUCAAGGCUCUUGACCACAAGAAGGCUUCUGAAAUUGUCGAUCUAGAGUCAGACUAUGAAAAAGAUGAGUUCGAGCUGUACAAGGACGAACCAGAACAUCUCAUAAUUUGUUCCCCUCUUCUCAAAGGAUAUGCGCUAAAAGAGAAACUUUGGCUCGAAUUCUUGGUUGAUGUUCCGACCGACAUCGUCUGGAGCAACUCUACAUUUCAAAGUUUAGUUCUUCCUCCUUCAACAAAAGAACUAAUUCACGCCAUCGCAACUUCUCAGAUCUCAAACUCUUCGAAGUUCGAUGAUGUCAUUAGCGGCAAGGGCAAAGGCAUAAUUUUUUUGCUUUCGGGUAGCCCUGGUAUUGGGAAGCCCUUGACUGCCGAAUCUGUUGCCGAGCAAAUGCGAAUUCCACUCUACAUGCUUUUGGCCGGUGACUUGGGCACAGAAUCUAAAGACGUUGAGUCAACUUUGCGUUCAGUCCUUCAGAUGGUCACCAGUUGGAAUGCGGUCCUAUUGUUGGACGAAUGUGAUGUUUUCCUAGAGGCACUAACUUCAAACUCACUUGAGCGGAACAAGAUUGUUUCGAUCUUCUUUCGAACAUUUGAAUAUUAUGAAGAGAUCUUAUUCAUGACUACAAAUCGUCAUUUGGAUAAAAAUGCUAGAGAGAAGAUUUGGAGAAACUUUCUAUCGCGUGGAGAGGAUCAAGAACAUGAUCAUCAAAUCACUGAUGUUGAGAUUGGCAAAUUGGCGGACUCAAACAUCAAUGGAAGACAAAUUAACAAUGUUUUGAAGACGGCUAAGUUGCUCGCUAGCCACGAGGGUGAGCUUCUCAAGUUGGAACAUGUUCGAACAGUUAUGAGUGUGGAGGGAAAUAAAGCACGUAUGCAUAUUCAUGUGUCUAACGGUCUGGUACCAGCUUAG